UUUUCCGUGUCCACUGCUUUCUGUCACUUUUAUUGACAAAACUUGCUCAAACUAUAUAGAAACAGUGUUAAAUUGUAGUUAAGGAAAAUAAAUGUAUAUUCCUCUAUACAAUGAAACUAAAAGACGAUAUUUCUGUAGAGUUUCAGUUACGAAGCUGUGCUUCAUCACCGUAUCGCUGCCGCUGUUCGCGUUCAUAACUUGCGUUUUGAUGACUAUGUACAAAGAUUUUCAAAAUGCGAAUAAAACACACUGUGAUGUGCCGAAUGUGUUUCCGUCUAUAUCAGCGUCCAUAGGGAACUAUGAGCCUCAAAGCUCGAUAUGGAGAUCGGCUAUUUACACUCACGCGCCUAUGAGGUUCUUCAUAGUUUACUUGAGAUGGGAGUAUUACAGGAACGUUAUAAACGAUAAUUUAGAAAUAGUGAUCAAAUUAGCAGUAUUGUUAAAUGUUAUAGAAAAUUUAUCUUUAUUAGGACUAACACAUUGGACUUCAUCCCUACAUUAUGCAUAUCAUGAAUUUUGCUUCAAAAUGUUCAUUGGAACAUCAGUGUUCUACAUGCUGUUCACCUGUAUGAUGCUCACCAAGUACCGAAGGAAAGCCACCGUGUCCAGCUCCGAGAUGCAUUCCAUCAAGUUAAAGUGGAGGGCUUUUGCGGUCAACAUCGGCUCCUUCGCCUUCGCUGCAUACUUCUUCCUGAGGCAUAACAGAUUGUGUGAACCUUAUGUGUAUUCGCUGUUCGGGUUCUCAGAGUACAUUGUGGUAAUCAGCAACAUAAUGUUCCACCUGACGACAGUGUACGACCUCCGAAGGCAGUUCCUGUGCGUGUCCUCACGAGGAAUCAAUUUAGAAUAACAUUAUUAGAAAAAUUUGUUCUCAUGUUUAUAAAUAAAAGAAAAGAAGAAAAGCUCACCAUCUCGAGCGCUGUCAAUGGGUUAGUCUCUGUAGCUCAGUUGGUAUAGUGGUGGGCUGGAAUCCCGGAGUCGUAAGUCCGGGCCUUAAAUAGUGAGUUUUUCCACAUUUCCUUUAUUUCAGAGCAUUGUGGUUACCAAAAUUAAUUUAUUAUUUCUCAUGAUAUUUUAAAAUUAAGCACUGCAAAUAGCUGCAGAGGUAUUAGAUGGUAAAAAUGAAUAGGUGAAGACUGUAACAUUAUUAAUGUGGCCAAGAUUACAAUCAUUAAUGAUGUUGUAAUCCUGUUAUGCCUCAUUACGGACAUAGAAGAAUUUUCCAUUUGGCGCGGUCCUGAGCGGCUACUUCCAGGAGACAAUCAUUAAAAGUUGAUGUUAAUUGAAUUUUGAAUCCUUUGAAUGCCACGCCUAUCGCGCACGGCGCGCCAUCGUGAACCUUGUCGGAAUGCACUAAGGUUGAUAUUGGGAUAUGGCCGCGCGCGUUGGUGUUGGUAGCAACUCGAGUAUUUUGAGUCUAAAUUGAAUAACUCAACUUGUUUUUCCGAGACUCAAGAGCUUAAAAAACUUCCGUGUCUUUUAAGUCCCGAGUUGAGUCCUUUAUUGAGUCUUUUUUGAGCGCUACUCAAAAGGACUCGAGUCUCCGGAUAAAGACUCAGUCAACAAUUUUAUAGGUUUUACCUAAACAACAGUUAUGAUCGAAGGGAUAAUAAAAAGUAAAUAGGCGUUAUUGUAUGAUUUAUGUUAUGUACAUCCAUGAAUUUCACAUAAAGACAACGCAUUUCGAAGUUAUUUGUAAAAAAAUACAAGUUUUCCGAAAAGGACUCAAGUCUCUACAAAAGACUCGAGUCUCUAAUAAGUUGAAUAGAACUAGAGUUCCAUCUUAAUUAUGAGAGUCUGAAAAACUGAGUCGAGUCUUAAAGCAGAGGACUCAAAGGCCUUGAGUCUUAACCAACACUAGCGCGCGUCAGUUGACGUCUUUGGCGGUCGAAGGGAUAAUAAAUAAUGUGUGGCAAUGACCACAUGCAGCUGUCAUUCCGAUAUCUACAUCUUCUGUUUUUCUAACUAAUAACUAUUGUCUCCUUGGUUAUGAUAUCCCUCGGAUUAACUUUCUGGCAUAGUUGUAGAUUGUAGACAUCAACACGUAGUUAUGGUAAAAGGUGCAAGCGUUGAAAUAAGUCGAGUCUUAUAUUUUCAAUAGAUAUAUAAGUAACCAUAGCUAAAAUUUACAACAUGUAACGUGUACUUAGAUAGAAAAUUAGAAUGUGGCUUUUAUUUUAAUGCGAAAAAGAAAAUCUGACAAAGGGUAGGGGGGAGUCACGAACUUUGUUACGUCACUUUUAACUUCAUCAGUACCCUAAAAUUUAUCCUCGUAAGGCCCAAGGUCCUACCAAUAGGACUUAUUCAGUUCGAUGAAAUUUAAAUCAUAUUCAAUUGGAACAGAGUUGCAUUGGCUUUGUUUCAUUCAAUUUUCAAACAAAAUAAAAUCAACUGUAUUCCCUGCACUAUAGGUUCAAAUUCUAGUGGCAAAUUUAGGAUUUUUCAUUUUUAUGGCUGGGCCUUAGGAGGUUAUUUAUAUUUUUUUUAGUUGCUGUACAGUUAAAUAAUGAGUUUAUGAAACGAAAAUCGUUUAUAUUAGUGUAAUUUUCUUUCCUAAUUGGCUUUGUGUUAUAAAGUUACUAAUAUUUCUUAUGUAAAAUAUGUUUUUAAUUAAAAUAAUAAUACCUAAUUAGUAUUACCGAUUUCGUCGAAAACAAGUGUCAAAACUGUGACGUCACACCAGAGCGGAGGGGUUUACAAAAUGUGACCAAGUGUAACAAGGAGGGGGAGGGGUAAAAAAACCCCAAGGUGGAUGACACCAAGGCAUGACCUGCAUUCCUAUAGAACCGGCACGGAGAACCAGUAUUUUCUGCCACGAGUUGUUGUUUUGACAACCAACCAUAGAAGCGGAGCGUGAAUCUCGCGACAAUGCUUAAGCGCCAUGAAUUUUACGGCGCUUACGACGUUUUGGUCGCGUGGUACAGGUUGCGAUUACGACAAUUUCAUUGAUUGGUAAUGGCUUCUCUUUAGUAAUAUAACUCAUAUCCGAAGGUUUAACAAUUAUGUGUAAAAUCAAAGGAAUAUAAAAGGUAAUCACGGUUUAUAUCUAGUGUUGGUAGGAAGUCUUUUGAGUCUAAAUUGAAGAACUCGACUCGUUUUUACGAGACUCGGAACUUAAAAAACUUCCGAGUCUUUUAAGUCCUGAGUUGAGUCUUUUUUUAAGCACAACUCAAAAGGACGCGAGUCUCCGAAUAAAGACUCACAAUCAUUCAACAAUUUUAUAGGUUUUACCUAGGUAAACUACAGUGAAGGAAAUAGGCGUUAUUGUAUGAUUUAUGUUAUCUACAUCCAUGAAUUUUACAUAAAGAUAACGCAUUUCGAAGUUAUUUGUAAAAAAAUUACAAGUUCUCCGAAAAGGACUCAAGUCUCUCAAACGAUUCGGGAUUCUAAUAAGUCGAAAAGACUUCGAUUAUCGUCUUAGUUAUAAGAGUCUGAAAAACUGAGUCGAGUCUUAAAGCAAAGGACUCGAAUCUUAACCAACACUAUUUAUAUCUCGGUCGAUCUAAGUCUAGUGAAACUAACCGUGAAUCAUUCAUAACUGUAAUUAUGUGUAGAUAAUGAAAAUCGUUGUAAAUGUCCUUUCUUCCUAGACUUUGCCAUACUUAACCCUUUAACGGACAUAUGGGUCAGAGGCGAUACAAAUUAGACCCUAUCACUAUGAUAUAAAGUUCAAAAUCAUAGUGGACAUAUAUUGAUGUCUGACCCUUAUAAUAGUUUAAGUUUAAUUUCCAAUUAUUCCCCAUUAACUGACUUUACAACAUUCCUCACUAACAUUAGAUAUUUUGUGUUAGGUUUUAUAUGAAAAUAUAUACUUAAGCAUAUAGCAUGAACAGGAAUUCUAGCUUUAAGUAGGAUUUUUUAAUGACGCGAUUUUCUACAAAAUUAUUUUUAAGAUUUGUAUGAAAACAGUAUUUUAUGAUAAAAGAUUUUGCAAUAUUAUUACAAUUAUGCUCAGAAAUGAAGAACCGAAAGUGUUAUCAUGCAACUGUUUCUAAGUAAUUGGAAAUAUUUUAAUGUAUAUUGAUAAUUGUCAUAUUUAUCGUUUUUGUAUUAUUCACAUUUUCGUUGUUUUUUGUAACGAUGGCGGAUAUGAAUUGCUUUGAUUCAUAUCUAUUAUUCAAACACUAAGCAUACCUGAAUUUAGAAGUAUUAGGUACUGUUCAAUAGAAAAUUGCAUAUGAAUAAGUUUAUUUUUAUUAUUUAUUUGAUGGGUUGUAGAAAGAUUUAUUUAUUUUUAGAUAUUACUGUAACAUGCUGCUUUGGAUAUUUUAAUAUCAAUGUACAAAUAAUUUAACAUCAUUCGAUUAUUUAAACUGUCUUCCCACAACAUAUUGUUUAAUAGGAAAAAAUAAAUAUCGAAAUAAAGUUUAAUAUUUAAAAUAA